CCCACCCCCCACCACCACAAGGGGAGGUGUGAAGCUGUUUCGGGGAGAGGAAGACCAUUCGUGGGACAUCACUGCCACAGAUCGCUGUUGUAUGAAGACGAGCUGCUUUCUGAGGGAUAGUUGUUUGUCAGCGUGGUUACAGCAAGGCUCUGACUGCAGGAAGCUUCUGUGCAAGCUCGCACUGUGUGUCCAUCAGAUCGUGAGCAUCAGCAACAUGCGGACACCACCACCGAUGAUCAUUGGGAUUGUCAGUGCUCCUGUCGGCCUGGUCUUGGUGUUUGUGGCAGUUUUGACACCACAGUGGCGACAGGGGCCCAUUAACUUGGGGAAGAACAUCGCGGUGAAGUCUGACGGACUGUGGGAAUCAUGCCUGGAACUGCAGGACACCAAACAGUGCUGGCCGGUGACUACCUUGUACCAGAGGGAUGAGAUUGUGCAGUGGUCCAGGGCUCUCAUGCUGAGCUCUCUCCUGGUGUGUGGAAUGGGGAUCAUUGUGGCCAGUGUAGGGAUACGCUGCUGGAUGGACUUCCCGCUGCGGAAUGUAGCCGGGGCCAGUGGGAUCGUCAUUAUCCUGGCUGGAUCUCUGUGCAUCACGCCACUCACUCUCUACACGACCUUGCUGCACAAAAUCAGUCCCGACACCGACACCCAGUACGAGGGUGGAAGCUCCCUGUAUUUUGGCUGGGCAGGAAGCUGCUUUGAGAUGGUUGGUGGAUUGGCCCUUGCCCUGAGUUUCACCUGUCCAAAAUGCAAGAAAUGUGGAGAAUCAGGACAGAAUGCCAGACGAACAUAUGAUGUUGAUUACUAAGAUCAUUUAACUGUGGACUACCCAUGCUCAUUUGUGUCUAACAGGCUGUUUCACACCAAUAAUGUGCUAAAUAUCAAAUGCAGUUUGACUCUGUGUGUUGUCCUCAUU